AUGACCAAAGUUCUGAUUCACGUAGAGCUCAACAGUCGUUACAACGCCUUCGAUACAUCAGGAAAGCUACCAUUCAGUGUGGUCUUUGGUCUUUGUCGGUUACAAAAGUCCGAUACAGACCCUCGACCAAUACUCGUUGAAACGGCUGGUUCAGUCUUCGAUGUGCCUUACGCCCUGACGCAUGGGUUACUUACACUGUACGAAGAACGCCCUGGGGAAUCUACGAAGUGGGUUGAAGUGGAUAUAAGCUCGAUGGGCGAGGUGGAUGAGAGCAACUCAGGUUGCAUCUCAGUUCCGUCUCCGAUCCACCGGAAAAAGAACUGGAGAGAUGAUCUCACGGUAUACCUAUGUGCUAUCGAUCCCCAGGGGGUGUUAGCAUUAGUCCUGAAGCCGCAAAAAGGAUACAGGAUAAAACUCGCAAGCCGCGACCUUGGUGUUAAAAAAUGGGUGUACAGUGACCCAGAGAAGUUCUCCGACAGCGACGGAGACGGUGUGGAAGCGAAACUGGUAAACAGUUACUCUCACGGCCAUGCAGCUUUUAAGGUUGUUGAUAACCUGACGUUUCCACCCCAACUAGAGGUGAGGAUGCAUCUAGUCAAGAGUACGUCCUUGGAAGUCACUGUUGUCAAUACUGGCUCUGAGACUGUGACCGUACAACCACGGGGGCACCAGAACUUUCUCGUCCCAUGGGGUCCUUCGGCGCCAGAACCUGACACACUCGACAACCGCCCAAGGAUCAUCGACCAGUCAAAGCAACGACAAUCGCCCGUGUCAAGCCUCUUUGUCGUCAAUGCUGCAACUGGUGAAAUAGUGCGCGGACAUCACGAUACUAGCAUCUGCCACUUGAGGGAUUCAAAAGCCGACCUGCGACCGACGAUUGAUGAGUUGUCAAUCUUGAAGGCUGAAGCCCCAGUCGUUAACGUAGUCGAUAUUAGCUCAAAGAUGAAGGGCCUUGAGGACGGACGAUACAAGAUUCGAAUGCAUCCAAAGGGUUGCCGAUGGUGGCGCGACGUGCUGAGGAAAGAGGAGGGAGAAGGCGAGAAGGUCCCAGUGCGUCUAUGGAAGAGUUGGACUGUUCCAAUCAUGCUGGAUUCAGAGGACGAAUUAGAGAUAACCAUCAAAGAUGGGAAAGUAGAUGGAAGUGCGUAA